CAGCCUGAGACCUCGGAGCAGAGAAGGUGCCUCCGACUCCCGACUCCCUCAAGCUGCCAGAUCAUCUCCCACAGAGGCAUCACCGGCCUUCCCCCAUUCCAUCCUCCCUUUCUUCCUUGACUUUCCCUCUUUUCUUACCCAUUAGCUUCUUCUCCCGGUGGACUUAAGUCCACUCUGCUCCCCCUCCCUUUGGCUGCUCGCCUACUCUGUCUUCUACAUCUCUUUCCUCGCCCACUUCCUUCGGUGUCACGCUCCCUCCUAGUUUUGUGCGUCUACAAAGUUUUGAGCGGAAUUUUAGCCUCGGCAAACAAGUCCCCCCAGCUCCUUCAGCUAAUUCCCGCGGCUUCUCUCCAGACACCAGCUCCAGACAGUGACUGAUGCCUCUCGGACUGUGAUUCCAGCGCAGAAACUCGAAGGAGCUCUACUUAGUCAACCCCUUCCUAGCCACGAAUGACCAUGUGUAGCGGAGCAAGGCUGGCCCUGCUGGUCUACGGGAUAAUAAUGCAUAGCAGCGUCUCCUGUUCACCUGCUGCUGGACUCAGCUUCCCUGGGAUCAGACCAGAAGACGAGGCUUAUGACCAGGACGGAAACCCACUCCAAGACUUCUACGACUGGGACCCUCCGGGCGUGGGGAGCCCCGCCUCCGCGCUGCGUGACGCUUACGCCCUUUACUACCCAGCCGACAGGAGAGAUGUCGCCCACGAAAUCCUUAACGAAGCCUACCGCAAAGUCUUGGACCAGCUCUCCGCCAGGAAGUACCUGCAGUCGGUCGUGGCCAGGGGCGUGGGGGAGAACCUAGGCGGCGGUGCGGUGGACGACCGGGCACCCCUAACCAAACGCCACUCGGACGGCAUCUUCACAGAUAGCUACAGCCGCUACCGAAAACAAAUGGCUGUCAAGAAAUACUUGGCGGCCGUGCUAGGGAAAAGGCAGGUGGUUGGAGGCUGCCCCAGAUCACAUUGCAAACAGAGAAAGCAAGCAGGCACUUCAGCCUGUGUCCAGCUACAGGAUCAAUCUUUAGUUCUGCAGUCUCCUCAGGCAAUGUGACCUGGGAUGCAGUUUGCAGCUUUAGUGCCUUUCUUUGCCUUUUAAAAUCGCCACGAAUCACAGAUGGCUAUUUAGUGGCCCUACGAUGCUGCACCACAUCGGCUUGCGUUUUAGUCUUAAUUUUUUGUUUCUUGGAUAAUUGUUUGUGUCAGCUGUUAGUGGUGAAACAGGGCUCCAGUGAACCUUUUAUUUAUGAAGUCUAACUUAGUGUUCACGUGGCUAGUGGCAAGCAUUUUACAGUGAUCACCCAAUUUAAUCUUUUGUAUACUUUCUAGAAAUGCCAAGAGCCUUACUAAACUGGAGCAGACUAUGAUAUAGGUAGCUGUUAGUCUUGAAGCUCAUAUUUUGUGUGCAACUGCUUAUACAAACAUAUUAACCAAGCAUUAUUACACACAUAAUAUCUAUAACUAGGACUUUGGUAACUGUUAUAUAAAAGUGUGUAAAAUUUGUAUGAAUAAAUUUUUGUAAAC